AUGAAACCCGUACCGUCACACCCCCGGCACACCCAAACAGCGGUUAGCGGGACCUUCGCACCCAUGUAUUCGUCAAGUACUGCAGGAUUUUCCCUUGCAAUUGAUCUUUCUAUCGAUCUGUUCGAUUUUUUGAAUCGUUCGACCGUCGUUAUAUCCAACCUUCGUGGUGGUCGCAGAAUAGUGGCUUACCCUACUUUUAGACUCCCGCUGGGAUCCAUCGCAGGGCCCAUCAGGUAUCAUAUCACCCUUCUGACUUUCUCCUCUAUCUUCCUUGUUGUGUCGCUUUGUUCAAACCACUCUCUUUCCACAUUGUGUUAUCUGCUCGGGUUUCCUACAUCCCUGACACCUGCUUUCUUUCUUGUUGCAGACCGCAAAUUCAAUGGUUAUCAGAUCGGUGCAUUCCCAGAAAUACGCCUGACAGCGCCAUCCCCAGCCCCGACCUCCGUCCAGGUUGAUCCGCUCCGAACAAGCGAUUCUCCCGCAGAGCGCAGCGCCUGUCGCCGUACGUCCCCCCCCGGCUCUCUCUCACUGAAUCCGUCCUCCCCUUCCCACUGUGAGAUCCACAUCUCUUAG